AUGCCGAUUUUAUCCCCAAUUCCCCCUUCCUUCCAGCCAACCGGACGAUAUUCACAAGAGCGUAGGGAUGCGCUACACAAGGCCCAUCCUAGCGGAUUCCUUACGGAAGCGGAGCUAAAUCUAAUGGACGAGUUUAUGUGCAAGCACGACCAAGCAUUUGCCUGGAACGACUCGGAGCGUGGCCGAUUUCGCAAGGAUUUCUUUCCUCCCAUCGAAUUCCCAGUACUCCCUCAUACGCCGUGGAUCCAGAAGAAUAUUCCCAUUCCGCCUGGUAUCUACAACGAAGUCUGCGCAGUAAUUAAAAAGAAGAUUGCGGCAGGUGUCUAUGAGCCGUCU